AUUGUGAAUGAUUGAUAACAAUAUUUGAAUAAAAAUAUUUACUGUAAAUUGUUAAAGUUCUGUUACCACAAUUCCGUUUGGGAAACAAAAGUUGAAGAAAAACCACAUAUUCAUAAAGAAAAUGUUCGUUUCUAGUAAUCGGAAGAACUUGGUGGAAGUUGGUUCCAAAUACUCCAACUCUCGUCAACAAUUUGUGGCCGCUCUUAAUGGAAGAUUUGAGACGGCUGAAAACUUAUUAGAUCAGAAUUGCACAGCUGGAAGACCAUUAAAACAGGCGAAGUUAUCCAAUGGAUAUUUCAUUAAAAAACCACAAUCCGCAGGUCGUUUUAACACCUCUGUCUUUACACCGAAAGCACCCCGUAGUUCGGAAUAUUUGCUCAUGCCACUUCCACAAUCAAAAACCAUGCCAUCAGUACAAAUUAAGGGGAGUUUGAAUAGAACCAUUGAUGUCGUAGAUAAAGAUUUUCACGUGGACUACUUGGUUGGGCAAGAUAAACCUUCACCAGUUAAAGAAUCAGUUAAUAAUUCCGUACAGAAUGGGCGAAAUAAAAUGGCACUAGUGGGACGUGUGGACUUUUGUUUAAAAAUUCAUAAGUUAUAUCCUACUUUGGAUGCCUUAUGGGAUGUUUAUGGGCAAUUAAAAAAGAUAAUCAGAGGAAAACAAAGAGGAGAAAAUGUGUUAUUGUUGCGAAAUUCGGAUGGAGGCCCAAUACUUCAAAGUAUAUAUUAUGACUUUACAUUGGAUGGGUAUGAUUCUGGUUGUUAUUUACGAGCCGUUGGUCGUUUUAUAGGGGAAAAUCGGCUACAGACGUUCAAGCUACAAAGAAUCGAAGAGGACGAAUAUAUGCAGUUGGUUCGGUACUUUAACCGACUUCAAAACGUUUCCUCUUUUGCACUGCUCCAAAGUGGAAAUUAAAAUUUCAUUUGAAAACGCUAACAGAUACUGAAAUAUUCUUUCAAAAUAAAACACUAUGAAAUAGUAAGAGACAAUAAGUAGAUAUAUUUGGUUAGCCAACUACAAAUAUGUAAUAACAAUCAUUCAUAUAAUAUGUAGUAAACUAUUCAUUGGUAUAUAUUAAGUGAUACUAAUACUUUUCUGAAUACUUAAAAUAAUUUGUACUUCUUUUUUUGCAUAAAUUCAAUAAACUACUUCAUUAAAAUUUUUUUCUGUA